CUUUGUGUUGCAGAGAAAGAGCUUUUCCAGAACCCUCAAACAUACAUUUGUCCCUGGAAAUCACAUCUGGGAUUUAUUCUGGUGGUCAAAUGGUGGAAGCUAUCUCUAGGACCUAGUAUUUCUGACUCGCUCGUCUUCCUCACUUUUCUCCGUGGCUCGAGCCACGCGGAAUUGGGCGCGCGGGUGCUUCCGUUACAGGUGAAAGGCGGGAGCCAAUAUCGAAUAUAAUUGUGAACCACGGCACUUGGAUACAGAUGGACAGAGCUACAUUCAGUCUUUUGGAUUUUUCAGGGUUUGGAAUACAAUCAACAUUUUUACGCGCACUCCGAGUACAUUGCCAAAUCUCCGUGGUGUAAUUUAGAUAAUGCACAGUGCUCUUGGGUGCAACUUUACAGCUGAGUUCUCAGAAAGAAAAUCAAAGGGGGGACCUUGCGCUAGUCAGGUAGCCUAGCUGUCAAUCGCCUCUUUGUUUUUCUGCGUCUAAGUGACAGUUGACUUGAAGGUUUGUAUUUCAGCAAUGACCAAGCGGUUGGAUUUAUCACAUUAUCUAGCGGUGUUCUUCUCGAUGAUGGUACUGUGGCAGUCAAGAUCAAGAGUGGAAUCAUCGGCAUAUGCUUCAGAAGCCUUCAAAAACAAUAUCACUCUGUUCACCCGGAUCCUGGACAGCCUUCUGGAUGGCUACGACAACCGAUUACGACCUGGACUUGGCGAUCGGGUGACAGAGGUGAAGACUGAUAUUUAUGUCACAAGUUUUGGUCCAGUGUCAGACACAGACAUGGAAUACACCGUGGACGUGUUCUUCCGUCAGAGCUGGAUUGACGAGCGGCUGAAGUUCAAUGGGCCGAUGAAUAUCCUGCGGCUGAACAACCUGAUGGCCAGUAAGAUCUGGACGCCAGAUACCUUCUUCCACAAUGGGAAGAAAUCUGUCGCUCACAACAUGACCAUGCCCAACAAACUGCUCCGGAUCAUGGAGGAUGGAACACUGUUGUACACUAUGAGGUUAACGGUCCAAGCGGAAUGUCCCAUGCACCUCGAAGACUUCCCUAUGGAUUCCCACUCCUGUCCACUGAAGUUUGGCAGCUAUGCUUACACAAUGGCUGAAGUGACGUACAUUUGGACUCGAAAUGCAUCAGCGUCAGUGGAGGUAGCAGGAGAUGGGUCCAGACUGAACCAGUAUCACCUUCAGGGCCAAACUGUCGGGACAGAGACCAUUAAAUCAAGCACAGGUGAGUACACCGUCAUGACAGCCCACUUCCACCUGAAGAGGAAGAUUGGCUACUUUGUGAUCCAGACUUACCUGCCCUGCAUCAUGACCGUCAUCCUCUCCCAGGUCUCCUUCUGGCUCAACCGAGAGUCUGUACCCGCCAGAACUGUCUUUGGUGUGACCACUGUGCUCACUAUGACGACUCUCAGUAUCAGUGCCCGUAACUCUCUGCCGAAGGUGGCCUACGCCACGGCCAUGGAUUGGUUCAUCGCAGUAUGCUACGCCUUCGUGUUCUCUGCCCUCAUCGAGUUUGCUACAGUCAACUACUUCACUAAAAGAGGCUGGGCCUGGGACGGCAAAAGUGUGGUCAACGUCAAGAAGAAGGAGGCAUCCGUCACGAAGAAGAACAAUGCCUACGCUGUUGCCGUGGCAAACUACGCUCCAAAUAUCAUCAAGGACCAAGGUGGUAUGCCCACCAUCUCCAAGAGUGCCACCUCUGACCCCAACAAGGCCAAGCCAGAGGUCAAGCCCGAGCAGAACAAGAAGACCUUCAACAGCGUCAGCAAAAUCGACCGUAUGUCCCGGAUUAUGUUCCCUGUGCUCUUCAGUGGUUUUAACCUGGUCUACUGGGCCACCUACCUGAACAGAGAACCAGUCAUAAAGGACAUGGUCCCGUCCAAAUGAAUACAAAAUAUUCACUUUGCAAGGAGACAGGAUUCACUUUACACAGCUGACCCAGGACUGAUGAUCUGUGUGCUUUUAUGUGUGUGAGUUUGGUUACAUGGAGCUGUGGCAUGCGCUGGAGUCAAUAUGGUUGCUUUCUUUUGUAGGCACAUUCAUUACGAGGAGAUACCCAGGUAAAUGAUUACUAACUUCUAGUUGAAUUGUAAUUUGUUUGAGAGAUUAUACUUGUAAAGAGGUUAACAUUUAACAAUUGAUUGUUUAUAGUGAUGUAAGGAUCUUAUAGUUACAUAAAUACAUAAAAACACUGGUGCUUUCUCUAACUUCUAUUUGAACCUCCAAGAAACCAACUGCCAUAAUUCAGUCAACACAAAAAAUAGUUACCAACUCCUAGUUAUAACCCUGUAUUGAAGACUCCUGUAUAAGAAAGCACAGACAACCAUUUCCUGUUUUUGUUCCAUUAUUAACCUAUAUCAUGCUCUUCAUUAUCUUACGAUUUAAUUGGAUCAAAUUCAUAAGUUGGAAAUAAAGACCGUACAGUCAUGUUGCACCAUUUUGUCAUCACACAGUGAACACAGAUCUACACAAAUGAGUGUUGAUCCUGCAGGUUCCGGCAGUACACAUCUAGACUCACCAUAAGUUCAGGGAUGGAUGAAGGAUCACUUCCUAUCACUUCCUACCGUAGGCUCAAAGACACUGUGACAGAGGACAGUGAAUAGACAGUGAGUAAGGCUUGCAGGAAUGUACUGUGUGCCAAUAUUUAAUAUCACUGUUAUCUAUCAUAGAGUUAUGACUCCUAAUGACUCAAGUAUGUGAUUUCCUGUUGUCACCAUUUUAUAUGCAAUGUAGCUUUUUUUCUCUGAUGCAGAUCAAAGGACCCAGAUGCAUACAGUGGAGUUGGAAAUGAUUGACACCAUUGAUAAA